ACACUACAGAACAUUGUCGUUUUGAAUCACGACUCAUUGUAAAAAUUUGGGUCGGGACAAAAUCGGUAUAAACUACACAGUUCCACAAAAUCAGGGGUUCAAAAAUAGAUGUAAAAAAAUGAUACCCAUAAGACUCAAAAACAUAAGGAAAACAUAAGGAAAACAGAUUUAGAAUAAAUAGAAAUAGAAAAUGAUGCUAAAUUUAACGUUUUACGGUUAGGGUUUAUAGAUGUUCUUCCUCUUUUUAAGUCCGCCAUUCUCAUCUUCCUCCUCGCUUCAUCUGUUUUCUCUGACAGGAACGGAGCAAUGUCGCCGAUUUCUCAUUCUUUAAUCCUUUUCUUCGUCUUCGUCUUCUUCUCUCCUAUCACCGUCGCAGUCGCCGAUCAAAGCAAUGCCAAUAAUCUCAAACAAGAAAGCGAUGCCAAUAAUGAAGAACAAGAAUUCGUGAGGCUAGAUCUGAUACACCGUCACCAUCCGGAAGUGGUUAAAAGGCUUGAUGACGAAAUUAAGGUGGAUAGUGUCGAGGAUCGCAUCAGGGAUAUUCGCUAUCACGAUCAAAACCGUCUCCGAUCCAUAUCCGCCAAGCUGAAUUGGACAAAAGUUGUGGAGAAUGCGGAGGAGAAAGAGAAGGAGGUCUCGGGUUCGAAUCUACCUCCACAGUCGCAGACGCCAAUAGGAUUGAAAACAUACCCCGGCGCUGAUUUCGGUAGCGGUGAAUUUUUCGUGCAAUUGAAAGUCGGAACACCGCCGCAGACGUUCACACUGAUUGCAGAUACCGGAAGUGACCUAUUGUGGACGAAAUGCAGAUUCCGGCGGUGCAGGGGAGAUUGCAGCAACCUCUCUCCGAUGCAUAAGAUGCGUAACAAAAUGAGAGGGAGAUUCAGAUACGCGCUUUAUGCGAAUCAGUCGUCUUCUUUCUCCCCAAUCCCUUGUUCCUCCAGGCAGUGUAUCGAUGAUUUCCCUGAUCUCGGCGGCCAACCCGAUUGUCCAACCCCUAACACCCCCUGUUCCUAUACCUACAGCUACACAGGUGGGGAGCGUGCGAGCGGAAUAUUCGCAAACGAGACGGUAACGGUAAGACUAACAAACGGAAAAGAAAAGCAACUGAAGGACAUUCUAUUCGGCUGCACAGAAGAAGUCGAACUCACCAACUUCAUGAAGGGAGCCGAUGGCCUCAUUGGCUUAGGCUCAAGCAUCUACUCCUUCGUCUACAAAGCCGCCGAAAACAACAUCGGCGGCGGCUUCUCCUACUGCCUCGCCGAUCACAACCGCAACACAACCGCCAUUAGCUACUUCGUCUUCGGCACCCCUUCCCCCAAGACCUUCUCCGCCACCACCUCCUCUCCCAUCGGCCCCCCCGCCACCACUAAACUCUUCACCGGCGGCCAAUACAGCUGCUACUACGGUGUCCAACUGAUCGGAAUCUCCGUCGACGACCAGAUGCUUAAGAUCCCCCGUCACGUCUGGAACAUCAAAUCCGGGUGCGGUACCAUCUUGGACACCGGCACCAGCCUGACGUUGCUGACGGCACCGGCUCACGAUGCGGUGAUAGAAGCGAUGGCUCCGAAGAUCGCGAAAUUCGGAAGAAUGGAAAAGCAGAGGAACUUCGAACUUUGCUUCAAUGACACUGAGUGGAAUUUUGGUAUGUCGCCGAAGCUUGGAUUCCAUUUCGAAGGCGGGGCGGUGUUCGAACCGCCGGAUAGGAGCUACGUCGUUUCGGCGGCAACCCAAUGUAGCUGUGUUGCCAUAAGUUCUCUGCCCUUUCCGUCAAUCAAUAUCUUAGGGAAUAUUAUUCAGCAAACUUACUUUUGGCAAUUUGAUUUACUCAAGGAAUCCGUCACUUUUGCUCCCUCCGAUUGCGCCUAGAACACUCCUCCUUCUUUCAUUCCUUUCAUUCCUUUCUUCUUCUUCUUCUUCUUCUUCUUCUUCUUCUUCUAUUUUUAUUUUUAUUUUUAUUUUUAUUUUUAUUUUUUAAAUGAUUCAAUUUCAACAAACAUGGAGAGGGGGAUUAUUACUUUUUUUAUUUUUUUAAACAAAACGCAAAUGUAUAUUGCUUUACAAUGAAA